UCCCCCUGCAGGAGAUUUCACCUGGAGGGCAGAUACCUCUGACUCCGCACAGAGAGGAGAGAAACAAGCAGACAGUGAGGAGUCUCUCUGCAGGAGGAUUUACGAUCAUAUCUCUGGGCGUGAGGACAUUUUAAGGACAUUUUAAAGGAACUUUAUGACUUGCAGAGACAGAAAAAUCAACGCUUUCUUUUUAAUUUUCUUUUUAAAUACAUUCUCCUGACUCUGCUCGGGGCGAUUGUUUGAGUGCAAGCUUUCUGAAGUUUCUCUCAAGUGUUCUGGAUUAUUUGAAACAUCUUUCCGGUAGAAUGAGGUGGACUAAGCUGCUCAGGAUGGUUCUGUGCGCAGUGAUGUGUCUACACUGCUGUGUGCCUGAUGUGUCUGCUGCUGCUCCUCCUGCUGCUGCUGCUACAGACUGUGAAGGAGACGAGUGCAACAAAACCCAGGCCUCCUCCUCCUCCUCCUCUUUAUCCCUGUCUUCCUCUUCCUCUCCUUCCUCCUCUGUGGUGGUGAAGUCCCAGCAGCCCUCGCAGGACUUCCUGGCUCAGUUUGCCCAGGUGAACUCUCAAAACAGCGGGGACCGUAAACACCGGGACGCCAGCGCUGUGCUGCCCUUCAUCGGCCUCACAGGAAGCUCUGAGCAGAGUCGCAGCUGCUGUAAGAACGGAGGAACCUGCAUCCUCGGAAGCUUCUGUGCCUGUCCUCCGUUCUUCACUGGACGGAGCUGCGAGUACGACCAACGCAUCAGGAGCUGUAAUCAGAUCCCUCACGGCGAGUGGGUUCAGAAAGGAUGCUCGUACUGUCGCUGUGGGUACGGGGUCCUGCACUGCUUCCCUCACGUCUUCCAUAAAGACUGUGAUGACUCGGAGGAGGUGCGUUGGUAUCGCUCGUCUGCCACCAGGACGCUUCAAUCCGUCUCCGUCUCCUAUCUGACGCUGCUUCUUCCUCUUCUCUUCCUCCUCUGAUGUUUUUUAUGGACUCCAUGUUGGACACAAACACUGAGCAUUUUCAAAGCUGCUUCUUUAAGAUUCAAGAUUGUUUAAAAAUCCAGUCGUAGCGUUUUCAGUUUUUAAAGAUAUUUAUUUAAUUCAGUCAACACGCUGCAGAACGUGAGGAGUUAAACGAAGAUCCAAAAACCUGGAGCAGAAGUUCAAGAGUACUCUGUCAGGAUUUUAAAGGACUAAAGGUUGCAUGGACUUGAACUGCUUGACCAACAUCUACAAGAAAUCAGCCCCUUAAAUGAGUUUUUUACUGCUGCAUUCAACAAACCAUGAAGAAAAGGGAGACAAAAGAUGUGAUUCAUCCACUUUCACCCUUACACUGAAAAUACAGAUGUCGCUGUUCUUGACGCGUGUAUAUAUCUGUUCCAACCUUUUGCGAGGUAUAAUGUGAAUGCAAAUUGAAUGUGUACCAAGUCAGACUUGUUUAACAGGAUCAGCUUAGCUUCCAUCACUUGAAAUGAAAUGCUCGGAGAAGCUGUAAAAGCAGCGAGCAUCAGCUGCAUGAAGACACUGCAGCCAUUUCUUUGUACGGUUGCAGGACAUGACGGAGCGAUGCACAAAAACUCACAUGCAUGAAACCAUUGUUUGAGGUGGAGGUGUUUCGGUACAUGAAGUUUGAAUCAGGUUGAGGUUAUCACACAUUUUUCUUCACAAAGGAAGAUUAAGUUGGCCAUGAAUUUCAAAUAUCUGCAGGUUUUACUUGUGCAGCUUCUCUUGUUUCAUGUAAGUCUUUAAAGAGGAAGUGCGUAGCUUCAAAAUGUAUACCUGAGUGAUUAAACAUUUUAGUCCAGUAUUAUUAUUAUGAAAAGAAGAGACCCACAUUUCAUGUCGGUCUGCAGAUGAAGGACUCAGAUUGAAGCUCUCGUGUGUCUCAGCUCCCGUCUUAUCCUUCCAGUGGAAGGUCGUGUGUGUGUGUCUGUGAUCAUGAACACGUUUGAUGUGAAGGAAAGUGUACAUAAGAGUUCUAUGAAAGUAUGUUUUUCUUGUUCUUGAAGUGAUUUUUUUUGUGGAUGAAGAUGCAGUGUCUUGUGUCUUUUGUCUCUUUGCACAAACUGUGAGCUGUCGUGACUUUUUGUUCUUUCAAUACAAACGUGAAGUGAAAUCAUGAAAUCA